AUGUUCUCACUCAUCUUCGGCCCAACCACCUUCAACCUCGAAUCCGCCCUCAAAGAUUGGGACGCCUCCGCACCCGAUCACCUCGUGCCUGAGUUCCGGGGCAAGCCCAAGCGCAAGGACGACCCUUCCGCCGCGGCGUGGCUCGCUCUCGUCGAAGGCGCCUGCGCCGCCCGCAAGAUCCCUCGCGCGCACUGGCCUGCGGUCGCGCUGCACUUCAUGGGGAAAAAGCCCCGCGCGCGCGUCGGCGAGGUCGAGAAGGUCAUGCGCGCGCUGCACGGCGAAGGCUGGGCGUGGACGUGGGCGAACUUCUCGGCCGCGGUGAAAAAUAUGGGUUGGAACAUCGACGAGCGCAAGACGCGCGAGAUUGCGGUCGAGCGCAAGUCUGCGGGCUGUGGAAGCUCGUCAAGGAAGCACGUCGGACGCCACGCCGACCGCUGCUGCGGCGACCGCGCCUCCUGCCCCGCGCCGUCGCUCUUCCAGGCGGUCACUGGCAGCUUCUUCGCGUCUGCGGACCCGGACCGGGUCGACGCAUCCUCCUCCUCCGUCUCCGAGAAGGACAAGGACUCGAAGGAGAAGAAUCCUGCCCCCGCCCCCGCCCCAAAGGCCGCCGUCAUCCCCAAGCCGCCCGCGUACAGCUCCGGGUCGCUCUUCGCCCUCCCCGUGCUCCCGUUCCUGCGCCCGGCUCCGACCCCACACCAGCUCCCCGCGAGCAUAUCCGCGCGGGUGCCGGUCUGGCUGCUCGCGACGAUGGAGGCCGUCGCGCUCGUGGUGGGCGAGAACCCGGACGUGCUCACUGCGGUUGCGACCACGCUCGUCGCGGCCGGGAGCGUCGCGGCGGGCGGCGGGCCUACGGUCGCGGCGAUCGGCGAGGUUGUGGUCGUGGUGGGGAAGGCGAUCAAGACGGCGCACGAGCGGGCGAACUCGCGCCAUGGCGGGCAUUGA